CUCUUGGCCCAGGUUUGGCCGGUGCUCUCUCUCUGAGUAGAGGGAGUGGUGGUGGAGCACAGUUGAUGUUGAGGAGAGAGGCAGCACAUGUGAAGGCUGUUCUCUAACUGACUGUCUCCAACUUUACAGAGAGGCCAGGUCAAGCACCGCUGAGCCUUGGAUCUUUCCCAUCUUAACCAGGAGUACAACAGCCUGAUCGGACUAACUGUUCCUACUCCUCUACGCCUCUGAGAUCCUAUAAUAUCUCCUCCACUUUUUUUCACAGCCUGUGGCAAUAUUUGCUUUACACAUAGAUGGACAUAGAAUCAUUGUUGGAUCUGUGGAUUGACUGUGAAGCCACAAAUUCAACUGACUUUAUCAAGAUUAAGGUGAGUGAGUGUGAGAUUAACUUGGUUUCAAUUCACUUGUGUUGUUGAAUAGUGUUGUCACUAUUUCUGUCUGUAGGACCUACUGUUGAUGUCCUCACAAGUGAUAAGGAUGUGUUCUCUUGCCUUUUUACAUGUUAUGUUUUCUGUGGAAGAGAUUGAUUUCCUAACAAUUUAGGAAAUAACUUUGAGUUUACCUAAUAAAGUGAUCAUGUACUCUGAAAGUAACAAGAUGACAUGGAAGUUUAUUAGUAGAGACUGUUCCUCUUAUUAAUGUCUGUACUUCAUAAUGCCACAGACUAUAACACUCUUUAUAGGCACAGUAGCGGCAACAGAAGCAGAGACCCAAACCACCUCUACAUCCUCACUUUAACACGAUCAGAGCAGUCUGUCUCCCAGCCUGUCACACAUGUACAGUUGAAGUCAGAAGUUUACAUACACCUUAGCCAAAUACAUUUAAUCUCAGUUUUUCACAAUUCCUGACAUUUAAUCCUAGUAAAAAUUCCCUUUCUUAGGUCAGUUAGGAUCACCACUUUAUUUUAAGAAUGUGAAAUGCCAGAAUAAUAGUAGAGAGAAUUAUUUAUUUCAGCUUUUAUUUCUUUCAUCACAUUCCCAGUGGGUCAGAAGUUUACAUACACUCAAUUAGUAUUUGGCAGCAUUGCCUUUAAAUUGUUUAACUUGGGUCAAACGUUUUGGGUAGCCUUCCACAAGCUUCCCACAAUAAGUUGGGUGAAUUUUGGCCCAUUCCUCCUGACAGAGCUGGUGUAACUGAGUCAGGUUUGUAGACCUCCUUGCUCGCACACGCUUUUUCAGUUCUGCCCACACAUUUUCUAUAGGAUGAGGUCAGGGCUUUGUGAUGGCCACUCCAAUACCUUGACUUUGUUGUCCUUAAGUCAUUUUGCCACAACUUUGGAAGUAUGCUUGGGGUCAUUGUCCAUUUGGAAGACCCAUUUGCGACCAAGCUUUAACUUCCUGACUGAUGUCUUGAGAUGUUGCUUCAAUAUAUCCACAUCAUUUUCCUUCCUCAUGAUGCCAUUUAUUUUGUGAAGUGCACCAGUCCCUCCUGCAGCAAAGCACCCCCACAGCAUGAUGCUGGCACCCCCGUGCUUCACGGUUGGGAUGGUGUUCAACCGGCUUGCAAGCCUUCCCCUUUUACCUCCAAACAUAACAAUGGUCAUUAUGACCAAACAGUUCUAUUUUUGUUUCAUAAGACCAGGACAUUUCUCCAAAAAGUACGAUCUUUGUCCCCAUGUGCAGUUGCAAACCCUUAUUCUGGCUUUUUUAUGGCGGUUUUGGAGCAGUGGCUUCUUCCUUGCUGAGCGGCCUUUCAGGUUAUGUCGAUAUAGUACUUGUUUUACUGUGGAUACAGAUACUUUUGUACCGGUUUCCUCCAGCAUCUUCACAAGGUCCUUUGCUGUUGUUCUGGGAUUGAUUUGCACUUUUCGUACCAAAGUACGUUCAUCUCUAGGAGACAGAACGCGUCUCCUUCCUGAGCGGUAUAAUGGCUGCGUGGUCCCAUGGUGUUCAUACUUGCGUACUAUUGUUUGUACAGAUGAACGUGGUACCUUCAGGCGUUUGGAAAUUGCUCCCAAGGAUGAACCAGACUUGUGGAGGUCUACAAUUGUUUUUCUGAGGUCUUGGCUGAUUUCUUCUGAUUUUCCCAUGAUGUCAAGCAAAGAGGCUCUGAGUUUGAAGGUAGGCCUUGAAAUACAUCCACAGGUACACCUCCAGUUGACUCAAAUGAUGUCAAUUAGCCUAUCAGAAGCUUCUAAAGCCAUUACAUCAUUUUCUGGAAUUUUCCAAGCAGUUUAAAGGCACAGUCAACUUAGUGUAUGUAAACUUCUGACCCACUGGAAUUGUGAUACAGUGAAUAAUAAGUGAAAUAAUCUGUCUGUGAACAAUUGUUGGAAAAAUUACUUGUGUCAUGCACAAAGUAGAUGUCCUAACCAACUUGCCAAAACUAUAGUUUGUAAACAAGAAAUUUGUGGAGUGGUUGAAAAUUGAGUUUUAAUGACUCCAACCUAAGUGUAUGUAAACUUCCGACUUCAACUGUAUGUUGUUAAAGACCACUUGCGCUUCUGGCAGUUUUGUUGUCACUAUGUUUGUUGUAUUAUGACAACAACAACCUUAUCCCUUAAAGUUACUGUGUUGUUGGAUGAUAUCUGUUUUAAGGCACCAGUGACAAGAAUAAUACUUACGGGCAAUUCCACGGUAACAGAGUGACAUUGAGAUUUUAACAGAAUGAUGGUUUGUGCUGUUGGUGCCGUCAUUCUGUUACCAAACUUUGCAUCUGCACUGUUCUUCAAGUAAAUGUGUUUUUGUAAAAUUUUCUGUGGAAAUUGUUAAACGUGUUCCUUGUACAUAGAGUUGUAUGGUUUGUUUAACUUUGAAGGUUUUUGUUUGGCAUACAUUUCAAAGUGAAAAAUCGGAGUCUCAGCGUCACUCUGUUACCGUAGAAUUUCCCUUAGGCAUUCAAAUGUUUCAAAUGUCAUUGUUUUAAUCUGAUUGCUUUAUCUAAGCAGGAAAUGUGUAGGGUUGAAGGCAGUGUUUAAUGAGGUAUAUAAACACGCAUGUCCACGGUUAAUUCCAGGAGUUAUUGAACUUGUCUGGUGUUAAUGCUGUCCGUCUUAGAAUUUGUUGACCAGAACUGUGUAACUUAAAGAUCACCAGUUACCGCCAGUAUGUAGCCUGCAGAUAUGUGCUUGAAGGAGAAUGUGCUUGAAAGGGAUUUAAUUUCGAGAUGCCAACAAGUAGGCUAUAAACACACAACAAGCCUUUUCAAUGUGCCUGACUCAUGGGGAGGAAACUCCAUCGUGAUCAUUUGUAGGAUUUGGGAAAUGAAAAACGAGGCCAAGCAAGGCCUAAUUAAAUGAAAAUACUGUUUGUCUUUAAAUUAACUGAAAACAAAAUUACUCACAGCACUUAUGUCAUUAAAGCCUGAAGAAAAAAAACGAGGAUGGAGUUGGUGAGCUAUUUCCUUCCAAAAGUCAAAUCAAUUAUCUAGCCAAGAGAACUAUAAGCAGAGAACCCAGGGCCCUGAUGGGGCAAGGCCCACCAUCUCCCAUGAGUCUGUGAGCCAACAAAGCAGCAACGCUGCCAAUGGCGGCCACCAUUUAAUUGGCAAAAUGUGCUUUUGAGAGUGAACAGGGUCAGGGUCUGCUGCCAAGAGUCAGUGGGAUAAAGAUCAGGGUGGGAAAACACAGGGGCCUGAUGGGCCUGAUGAUAGCUGGCAUGAUUUUAAACUCCCCAGAGGAAAGAAGCAGCGAAAGAGCAACAUUCUGCCAGUGCUUCGACUGUUGUUGAAUUGCAUGCAAGCGACUGACUGUUGUAAGGGAGGAAAUCAGUCAGCAGUCAUUGGAUUUAUGACUGAAACCAUGGGAUUUCAUCAACACUUCGUUGUCCUAUUCCCUCCCCCCAGUUCCAGUUUCACUCUCAACCUCUGUAACACUGUAUAGUGUUGUAUUUUUGUCUUCUAGAUCUCUCCUUCCCUUUCUCUUUGGCUCCUCCUCUCUGUGAGACUCCACACAGACAGACUGUUAGUAUGCAUGAGGAGACUCCACACAGACAGACUGUUAGCAUGCAUGAGGAGACUCCACACAGACAGACUGUUAGCAUGCAUGAGGAGACUCCACACAGACAGACUGUUAGCAUUCAUGAGGAGACUCCACACAGACAGACUGUUAGCAUGCAUGAGGAGACUCCACACAGACAGACUGUUAGCAUUCAUGAGGAGACUCCACACAGACAGACUGUUAGCAUGCAUGAGGAGACUCCACACAGACAGACUGUUAGCAUGCAUGAGGAGACUCCACACAGACAGACUGUUAGCAUGCAUGAGGAGACUCCACACAGACAGACUGUUAGCAUUCAUGAGGAGACUCCACACAGACAGACUGUUAGCAUUCAUGAGGAGACUCCACACAGACAGACUGUUAGCAUGCAUGAGGAGACUCCACACAGACAGACUGUUAGCAUUCAUGAGGAGACUCCACACAGACAGACUGUUAGCAUGCAUGAGGAGACUCCACACAGACAGACUGUUAGCAUGCAUGAGGAGACUCCACACAGACAGACUGUUAGCAUGCAUGAGGAGACUCCACACAUACAGACUGUUAGCAUGCAUGAGGAGACUCCACACAGACAGACUGUUAGCAUGCAUGAGGAGACUCCACACAGACAGACUGUUAGCAUGCAUGAGGAGACUCCACACAGACAGACUGUUAGCAUUCAUGAGGAGACUCCACACAGACAGACUGUUAGCAUUCAUGAGGAGACUCCACACAGACAGACUGUUAGCAUGCAUGAGGAGACUCCACACAGACAGACUGUUAGCAUUCAUGAGGAGACUCCACACAGACAGACUGUUAGCAUGCAUGAGGAGACUCCACACAGACAGACUGUUAGCAUGCAUGAGGAGCCUCCACACAGACAGACUGUUAGCAUGCAUGAGGAGACUCCACACAGACAGACUGUUAGCAUGCAUGAGGAGACUCCACACAGACAGACUGUUAGCAUGCAUGUGAAACACGUGUUUCUGUGGGAAAAGUGAACCCCCCGCUCUGAGCACACAGGAAAGGGACAGCCGGGUCACUGCUACGGAAAUACCAUAAAUACAAAGUAAGGAGUGGAGAGAGACGGAGCCCUCGGUUAAGCAAGCACACUGACUGACUCGUGUGUCUAUGGUGUCCUUAGUGGGGCCCUAGUGACGAUCUCACCAGGAACACAAUGUUUACAUUCCAGUGACCUCUGACACCUCAUUGGACUGUAGUGAUGAUGGUUGGGUGGGGAAUAGGUGGAGGCAUUCUUUUACACUCUCCUCUAAGCCUUAUGAGACUCCUAAGGACCAGAGAAUGAGCUCAGACAGUCAGACACUGAGUGCUGGCUGUCCAAAAUUACAGUCAGUUCCUCCCAUUGGAGAUGACACACGGUGUCAUAGUAGAAGAGGAAAUGUUGAUUGUUUCCUGUCUGUGGGGGCAGUUCUAACGGUAUGUUAAUUAUUUUUGAACUACAGGUCCUUGUAUUGGAGACAGGCCUGGAACUGACACCAUAGAGACCUAGAGAUGUGAUGACCAGAGAAGUCGGCAAAACAGAAGAACUUGUAAUAUUGUUGAUGAAUGGUGUCAACCAAACAGAGGUCAAAAUGGAACCAAUUAGAAAAGACAUGGAGCUGCUAAGUAACAGCAUGGCGACCUAUGCUCACAUCAAAGGUGAGACAUCCGUAUUUGUUCUGCUUAUAGUUCUAGGACAAAGAGACCCUUUAUUAAUUCUAAUGCUUUGAGAAUGCCUUCCGAAAGAACCGUAACCUCUGUGUAGAACCACAAUCCUUUCCAGGGACUUAUGUGUUCUGUUUGCUUUGGCUUGAAAGUGUCUGCAUGCUUGCCGUCUCAAAUAUUGUGUAAAGUUCCUCAUUUCCUGCACUCAUAUUACAGCCAAAGGAAAGUGGCUUAAACAGUAAGACCAGGCAGGGGCCCUUUGUGAAGAGAUUUGCCAAGAACUGAUACCACACAAGGCAUUGUUAAAGCACAGUCAUUUCACAUGCUGUUGUAUUUAGUUUGAAUAAAACUAAGAAUUGGCUUGCUGAACCCCUGUCAAUGUAGGUGAUAGCCUUCAAACCAGCCUGAUCCCACAAGCUCACACAAUCUGUUUUCACAAGGCUAUGUAAGUGAGUGAUCUAACCAGUUUUUUUCCUAAACCCAUCCAGCCAACCCAGAGAGCUUUGCUUUGUACUUCAUGAUGGGUGUGUGUUUUGGCCUGCUCCUGGCCCUGUGCCUCCUGGUCACCGGCAUCGCCUGUAGCACCCGUCGUGGUCGCACCAAGAACAAGAAGGCUCCCCCCUCCCCAGAAAGGAGACAACUGAAGUCUAGCGAAGAAGAUGAGGAACAGGAGAACGUGGAUGUGGAAGACGGGGAGGAGGUUGAGAUCCCUAAAGUGACUGUGGUGCCCAUGAGCAACCAAUCAAACGGUACUUUGAGGAGUGUGAACGUGUUUGCGUCGGCGGAUGAGCUGGAGAGGGCGAGGCAACUGGAGGAGAGGGAGCGCAUCAUCAGAGAAAUCUGGAGAAACGGGCAGCCUGAUAUACUGGCCACUGGGACAGGGACCAUCGGACAGGGACACUACCUCUAAAGGAACUGAAGUGACUUAACAUUUUCCUAACCCUGGUUUAUCUACUACUGCAGAGGACUUUAUUGGGCAGGCAUAGAUUUACCUUCAUCUUUUCAUUCAAUGUGUUGUUGUUUUUUUACAAAUGUAUUUCAUUAUCAUUCAUGUAUGACUAUGACAAGUGUGUUGCACAAUACAAUGUAUGCUUUUACAUUUAUACUUCAAUGAGUAUCCAGAUACAUUUUUUAUUUUGGUA